AUGAUUGAGGUGGUUGAAUAUGGUGGUGCAACGCCACAAAUGACAGCCACAGAUUCUGCCUCACCGGUGGCUUCGGCCCCUCCCCUGCCAAAUCAGUACAACUCACCAUCUCUCUCGAGGAAGCCACUGCUUUCAAUACAGCCUAAUAAUCCCAACAAGAGUAGCAAUACUCCAAAAACUUCUCGAACUCCUAAUUUUAUUACACCAUUGGGUAGCCCUAUUCGGAGGGCAAUCAAACUCACUAGGCUUGAUCCUCAAGAUGCUUGGCUUCCUAUUACUGAAUCAAGAAAUGGGAAUUCAUUUUACGCUGCUUUUCAUACUCUUUGUGCUGGUAUUGGAAUACAAGCACUUGUGCUUCCUGUUGCCUUCACUAUUCUUGGCUGGACAUGGGGAGUCAUAUGUUUGACUGUGGCAUUCCUAUGGCAACUUUACACUUUCUGGCUUUUGACAAAUCUCCAUGAAUCUACUGAAAAUGGAAUCCGUUACAGCAGAUUUCUUCAACUCUUUAGUGCUACUUUUGGAGAAAGAAUGGGGAAAAUCUUUGCCUUGUUCCCAAUCCUGUACUUAUCAGGUGGCACAUGUGUCGCCUUAAUCGUGGUCGGUGGCUCAACAUCCAAACUCUUCUAUCAGAUUGUUUGUGGCGGCCACGGUUGCGUUGAAAAGCCACUAACCACCGUGGAGUGGUACCUGGUUUUUGCUAGCGCCGCUGUGCUCUUAUCGCAGCUUCCAAACUUGAAUUCGAUUGCUGGUGUCUCUCUAAUUGGAGCUGUAACAGCAAUAGGAUAUUGUACAAUGAUGUGGAUUGUGUCUGUUAAAGAGGGUAGACUUGAUGGUGUGUCGUAUGAUCGAGUGAAACCAAAUAGUGACACUCAAUGGUUUUUUGGCGUUCUUAAUGCUCUUGGAAUUAUUGCUUUUGCUUUCCGAGGGCACAAUGUUACACUUGAAAUCCAGGCAACUAUGCCUUCAAGUGAAAAGAAGCCAUCUCGUGUGCCAAUGUGGAGAGGGGUCCAAGCUGCAUAUUUGAUUGUUGCGCUAUGCUUAUUUCCUCUUGCUAUAGGAGGAUAUUGGGCAUAUGGGAACAAGAUACCCGAAAAUGGAGGAAUGUUGGCUGCAAUUUAUGCCUUCCACGGGCGCGACACUCCACAAAGUAUCUUAGGACUAAUUAGCUUAUUUGUCAUAAUCAACGCUUUAAGCGCUUUCCAAAUCUAUGGCAUGCCAAUGUUCGACGACAUGGAAUCCAAAUACACAAGCAGGAUGAAGAAGCCGUGCCCUUGGUGGCUGAGGGUAAUUUUUCGAGUCAUGUUUGGAUAUGGGUGCUUUUUUGUUGCUAUUGCAAUUCCAUUUCUCGGAAGCUUGGCUGGUUUGAUCGGAGGGAUCGCAGUGCCUGUGACAUUUGCCUAUCCAUGCUUGAUGUGGAUUAAGAUUAAGAAGCCAGAAAAACAGAGUCUGAUGUGGUGGCUAAACUGGGGACUCGGGAUUUGUGGUUCGUUGUUGAGCAUAUUAUUGAUCGCUGCUGGAAUUUAUGUUGUGAUCGAAACUGGAAUUGAUGUCAGCUUUUUCAAACCUCAUUGA